CUAAUUAAAAUCUGUGUUAAUCUGUAUUUAGAGAAUAUUUUUAAUUUUAUUUUUUACCUUACUUUGAUAUAAUAAAGGUUUUGUCAGUGAUUAUUGGUUUAUUUCCAUUAAUAGUAAGUGUUUGUUUCAGUGAGUGGAAUUUGCAAGUUCAACAUGCCGCGUGAGAUCAAAGAUAUCAAAGACUUUCUGUUGAAAGCACGCAGGAAAGAUGCUAAAUCGGUAAAGAUAAAGAAGAACCCUGAGAAUGUGAAGUUCAAAGUCCGCUGCUCCCGCUUCCUGUACACGCUGGUCAUCACUGACAAAGAGAAGGCAGAGAAGCUCAAACAGAGCUUACCUCCCGGUCUCCAGGUUAAGGAAGUGAAAUGAAGUGACUAGUUAAUAAAAACAAUAUAAAAAUCA